GCUUCUGGAGCAUCGGUCGGUCAACUCAAUGUUUCGCAUUAUCGUUCUAUACAGCCUCAAAGGCUCAAAGAUUCGAAGUAAAACGACGGUUCACAUAAUUUAACCGCGAUUUCAUGAGAGCCGUAACAAAGGAAAAAAUCUAAAUAAAAACUCCUUUUAUUCGGUCUCAAUUCCCUUUCCGAAUGGAUGAUAAAACAUUAACAAUAAAAUAGAUUAGUGGAAAAUGUAUUUCUUUGUCAGUUGAUAAAAGUGAAAAGUGCGAUGUUUUAGACUAUUUUGUUCACCAAAACGAGAACAAAUUUAAGUUGACAAACAAUUUUCUCCAAGUUUACAUUCAGAGAGUAAAAAAUGUUAAUAUUUUCAUUGCAACAUUUUACGUUUGUAAAAAUUCGCAUAAAAAAGUUAACACAAACGGAGUGAAGAAAACUUGCAAUUUUAUUUUCGAAUAAUUAAUAUUUUUCUUCAUAAAGAAAACGUGAAAGUGGAAUUUUGUAGAAAUCGGAGUGAGCGCUCUCUGCCGUCGCCUGGCGAAGCAUAAAUUCACGUAGUCUCUCGUUUUUAGCGAGAGGUGGCAUUGCAGUACAUUGGAUGUGAACAGCUGUUUGUCGGCGAUUCUCGAAUCAUCUAUUAUGAUGUAGGUGGGCUUGCUAGUGUUUGUGUGUUUGUGCUCGGAUUUCUCGGCUCUUCAAUUUUGUUUACAAAGUGUUUUGUGUGAAAUCGUGAGAUAAGUAGUGUCCCCUGAUUCAAAGUAUGAGAAUAGUGAGCGGGGUUUUUCAAUAGCUAAAUUCUCAUUUAAUAAAAACUCUCAGCGGGAAGCUCAUCGUAAUCGUAUACCAAAGUGUUAUUCCGCAGUUUGGAAUAAUUCGAAAAUUCGUAUCUGUCUCACGAAAUCGUAGGGGUGCCGGAACUCUACGGAUUUUAUCAUCAUUCAUGAAAUUGAACGAUCCGGAUGAAGAUUCCCAAGACCGGAUAAACAUCGUGCACGGUUGUUUCAUUAUUUAUUUGAAUGCGCAUUUAAAUGGGCACGAGGGAGGAAGCGUCGAUCAUACGUUCGAUCAACACGGAUCAUCCAUCGUGGGUUCUUUUUUUCAACACAACCAAACAUAGGAUCGAGAUAUUGUGGAUUAAUUAUGAAGGCCAGGCGGUAAGCUAUGGUAUACUGGGACCUCAGGAAAGCCUCAGUAUGAAAACAUUCGCUACUCAUCCAUGGAUUUUCGUCAAAAAAGAGACCAUGGAGAGAUUCAUGGUCGCGGGGAAAGAUGUUUUUUAUCCAAAAGCAUGGAAACCAAGUCCGGGUUACGGUCCGACGCGUCAAAUUAUGCCUUUCGUCGUGUGUAUAGCUUUACCGAUGUAUACCCUUCGAGAAAUAGCCAUGAGAGCGAUUAAAUCACUGUUGCAGGAUGAUAACGACGCUUAUCUACUCGACAUACCGAAGAAUCUUCAGCACGAACUGGCCAACCUGACACCGAGAAAAAGCCGUCAGAUUUAGUUCAUAAUUACUGAUCAUUCUCCUCCCCUUUUUUAUCGCGGAUCGCAUUACAAUUAUUCGACACUGAAAAUAGCUACAGGAAUUUGAAAAACUGAGAUACGAUCGAGUUGCGCAAUCACCGAUUCGACGAUAAAGUAUUAACGAUAUUUUUCAUGCAUAUUCGUCAAAGAAAAAUAAUAGCGAAAGAAGUAAAAAAAAUGAUCCAACGUGACUUUGUCUCUUUUGCUUCAUUUUCCGUUUCCCAUAAACAUGAGAUGAAUAAAAGGAUGAACGACGAUGAUGAAAAAUAGGGAAGACGGAUUGAAAACAUUUUUUUACAGGAAUAUUUAUUUUUGUGCCAUAGAAACGACCGAUGUAUCAAGCAACGAUCAUUCUGCAUAAUGAUCAAUGAAUAUUGAAAUAAGUGAGUUCAUAUGUCUUCGUUUAUCUAUUAUGUAAAAUACUGUAAUUGAAGAUAAUAAGAGUUAUUUUUACAAAUAAA